CCUCAUCUGUUUAUUUUCUGUUGAAACUGUUACAGCAUGGGAAUAUUACCGCCCCAAGUUCUUCAGUGUGUUAUAAACAUUCAACGGAAAAAGAAGUAAUGUCAACGGUGAAAUCAUCACAUGAUGCUGUUUAUACUUGCCCUGCUCCAGUAUCAUCUAGAAAUGAAGGGAACCUAGAGAAAAAUGAUGGCACCUUUGAUGAUGAUUUCUCUGGACUAGACACUUUUGGUGACUUAACCUCUACACCAUUUCCUAUGUUCCUUAUUCAGAGUGUUAGCCCUCCUUCACCUUCCAGGGCUAGAUCUCUUUCACCUUCAAGAAGAUGCAAUAGUAAAUAUCAUCCAAUAUCAAUGAACUUUGUGUCACAUAUAGCUGAAGGAUCUCAAGGACAUAGAAAGGUUUCAAGCCAAGCCAUAUCCCCACAAGGGGCGCAGAAGGAAACAUGCAUAAUGAAGUCAAACAAAGUGAAGAAACCAACUCUAGGAACCAUGCAAGAAAGAAUUAGAAAACCACAAGCAAUCAAUCAUCUGCUUUCAAAGGAAAGGGUUCUUUCAACUACUUAG